GCCGCCGAGGGAGCGAGCGAGACGAAGAAAGUGCGAGGAACAUGCGGGGGUGACGGGGACGAUCACUACGACGACGACGACAACGACGACGACGACGACGACGACGACGACGACGACGGUGGUGGUGCGCUGUCGUGUUCCCUCGCCGUCGUAUGCCACCCUUACGAUGUGACGGACCAUGAAGAGGACUCUCUAUCAUUCUUCUCUUCUGAUAAGAGAACGCGUUUUUCUCGCGCCAGUUAAAGAUAUAUAUAUUCGAGGAAUGACGUAAAGCGACGGUGGGUGGCCGUCAAUCCCCGUGAGAGAUCGAUCGACGACCGGCUGUGUGACAUUGGCCCGGAAGCACCCGUCAUGGAAUACCGGUGCGGCAGCACGAGAUGCGAGGACGACUCGUUGGAGAACGAGAAGGGAAUUGCGGGCGAUUUACGGGGCUCCUCGAAGCGCGGCACGUCGCACACGCGCGGCACCGCGAUGUCCUUCGGCUUCCGACGACGGCCCGCCAGCGGGAUCCCGAUGCCGAUAGCGAACUACGCCGCCGGCACCGCCAGCGAGAAGAGCCUGCUGCACCCACGAUCAAAGUCGGCCGGCCCGGAGCAAGAUCGCAGGCGUAUGAUGGACGACGACAACAGCAACGUGAUUUAUAAUUCGUCGUCCGGCCGGUCGACACCGCGACUGGCGCCGCCGAAGAAGGACUCGAGCGGGAUCGGCGUCAGGACGAAUCGCUUCGGUUACCGGCAGCCGCAGGCGAGAUUCACGAAUAAGGUGGGCGACAUUUGCAGCAGUCACAGCAUCAGCCACUACAAUCAGGAGAAGCUGCAGCAAUAUCCGCAGCAGCAACAGCUCCAGCAGGAAAACUACUUCGUCAAGCAGCAACCGAACCGGGUCGUCGCGCACGUGCCGCAACAUUUGUGCAGCACGACGGCGCCGGCGAAGCCUCGCCCACCGCAAUCCAACAAUGCGGCUUACGGCGGAAAUUCGACGACGCAACACACGGACACCAACAGACGAGUUUCAGGCAUUCCAGAACCCAUCAGCAGGUACACGCUGCAUACCAGCCAUCUGCCGCUGCCGCAGUACGCCGUGCGCGUCAAUGAUUCGAACUCCAAGAUCGCGAAAACCGCGGCGAAUCAGAGCAGAAAAAUAUCCACGUCGACGUUGAAGGGUUCGUCCAGCUCGAAGGAGGGUUCGGUGACCGAGGACUCGGGUGUCAGCAGCCAACCGGCUGGUCCGGAAGAUAACGAUAGAAUCAGAUCGGUGGAUUUCGUGGACGAUGGUUCUCUGAGGAGACGCGGCGUCGGCAGACCGAGGAAUCUGCGCAUGGUGGUGACCGGCAAGAGUUUCGACGUGAGAGACGUCCGGGACGACGACAGCACAGUCACAGAGAUCUCUGUGAUCCCAUUGCCCAAAUCCUUCGCGACCGCUGCGGUCAGCCUGAAUACCGGCUUUGUACGUGAACGCGCCACGCAAUACCAGCGAAUCGUUAACAAGGACAACAGAUACACCGAUUCGACCGCCUCAAUGUCCACUACGUCCUCAGAGGGAUACGACGAGGGUUGUUUGAGCGAGGAAAAGGUCUACAAGGAUCGAUCGCGCACGGAAAAGGUCCCGUCCAUCAAAUCGGACUUCAGCCCGCCUAGUUCGGACGAUCCCGAAUAUGGCCACGGCGAGGCCAUGGCGGAUGAGUACUCGUUGAGCUCUAGUGACGAGUGCCAGCGUUCCAACUCCAUCAUCACCCAGCACGCGCAGGCGAUCACCGCUGCAACAAAGAAUGGCACGACAUCAAAGAACGCUCUACGCUCAGUGCUGUUAACCAUUGAAGAUCCGGCGUUCGCCGCUGCUGCCGCUACCACAACCACUUUGAUAGAUGACGAGACUUCACCGGUAGAUAGUCUGUUUGACAGUCCCACCGCCAGCAUCACUCAGUCGGAUGGAAAGCCUUCGAAGAGGGACGAGGAACACGCGUACGAGCGUUCAGAUAACACUCUUGAGGACGACGGUCCCGGCACGCCGACGAACGCCUCCAACUCGCUCAGCUUGUCCGAGGGUAGAGAGUUCUUCGACGAUGAGAUCGCGGAUCAGCCCGGAUUGAUUUUCGAUGAUAACAACUCGAGGGCGAGAAUUGAAACGCAAUCUGCUAUGGGGGGACAAGUAACCACCGAGAAUAGCCACACUCUGAUCGAGACAAGCUCUAAAAUGAAUGGUGCGCACAUCAAGGGUAUAGUAAACAGUCCUCAUCAUGGACAACGUUUGCAUCGAACAGGAAGCGUAGACACUUUAUCGCCCUGCGAAUCCAUCGCCUCGGAUGAUUUAAUGUUAGAUUACGACGGCAGUGACGCAAGCUCUUACGAGGAACAGCAGCGAUUAAAUUCCAAUCCCGCGUUGCACGAGCUGGAUGAUGCUACUAUAAUUUCCGAGCUGGAGGCUCAGGGCGAGGAAGUCAUGAGGCAGUGGAGUUCGUUGCUGAACACCGCGCAUAUGGAGGAGGCAAAUUCUAAUUCUGCCAACAAUAAUUCCAUCAAUAGUGCGACUGGCAACAAUAACAAUCAGACCAUCACCGAAUCUGGAAUCGGAAGUGACAGGAUGUCAAGGCUGUUACGCAGCAGAUCGGGAACGGAAUCGCCUCGUUCGUUAGACAACAUGCGCAACCGCCAAGUUUCUAGUCCUAUGAGAACGUCGGGAAGUGUGUCAUCCUCGUGCGUCGAUUCCGGAGACGAGGCCAGCCUCAGGAUAGACCGCGGAACGUAUCAGUACAUGUUCCAGGAUAUCGUCUCCAUAAAGACGAUGCUCCUGAAACUCAAGCGGGUCCUUCAGGAGUCAGGAGAGAACGAUUUGACGAGGACAGAAACUCUCAAUCCAUUCGAUAAUCCGAAGAAUGGCCUCUUCUGCAACCUGAACGAUGGUGGAAUUAAUACGACCGACGUGAGCACGUCACCGGGAAGCGGUGGUAGCAGUAUCGCGGACGAACUGGCGGACUUGAGGAGGCAAGUAGUGUUCCUUCAGGGCCAGGUAGAAGAUCGGGAUCGUACGAUACAGGUGCGGGAUCGUACCAUCGAGCUACUUGAGGUAAAUAACGAGCUCCAGAUGUCGAAGCUUCAAGGACCUAAGAAUGGCGACGCACAAAGCUAUAGUCUAGCGACGCGCAACAACAAUAUCCCUUCCGUGCACACUUCUAACGCCGCCACGCAAACAGAGAAGACACGUCCAGUAUCGGCGGGGCCUUCGCUCCUACAGUCACUCCCUCAGGAUGGUGUCAUGGGGCCUCUCGUUAGCCGUGUGCGUUGGAGUGACUCGUCAGAUCGUCAGCGACCAUCACUGCUCUCCGAGCUUAAUCCCGCCGGGAGCCAUCGCAAGCCAAUUGAACGCUUACCUCAUACGCUAAGAGUCCGUCAGGAACAGAUCCCAUCACGUCGCGUCAACGUACACGCGAGGAGGCACUCGUCCGAGUGCGUGUCCGGCUCGCCCAUCAAGCCAAAGGACUGCGCAAAAUUGCCAUGCGAUCUGAACGAUGCGGAGCAACGCGACGUCAAAAUAGAAGGCAACACGGUCAAGUCCCUCAUUCCGACACCUAGGAAACUUCGGCUUUAACGACACGUCGAUUAUAUAUUAUCUUCUUUGCGUUUACGGCAACGUUCCUUUUUCGCUCCAGAUGUCCGCAUCCUCGAGAUACAGAUCUCCGUACAGCCUGAACUUCAUCUGAAAUUUAUCUUAUGAACAGAUUAUUCGAUUCAUAUUUAUGAUCUCCUACUCAGUAAACGCCUAAACUGAGCAUGAAUCUACAAUGAUUUCAAUUAUAUUGUAAAUUACAGUAAUUCAUUGGAUUACACAUAUGCCGAAUAGAAAUUUAAUCUAUGUAAUUAUUUGAUCGUGUUUUUUCUGUCAGGCGAUCUUCGACCGAUUCGGACGUCUACAAAAGUAUUGCAAAACGAUCUCUCGUUCUACUGUCCGUGCUCGUAAUUAGUUUUUUUGCACAUCAUGACGUUUAUGUUCCACGCAUUAAUGACAUAAUAGCGUCGUUUAUGCGAUCGUCUUGAUAUAAUUCGUUAUCAUAUUUAUGUAACGUUGUACAGAGAGUCAUCAUGUGAGUCUAUCACCAUCUGUUCCCGAGUGGAUAUUUCCGACGAUAUGUAAUUCGGGCAUGAGUACACUUCUCUCUUAUUUUCUUAUUGUUAACGGUACUUUUGAUUUCCUCAUUUAAAUGUGAUCUCAAGUGCAAAAUUAGAAAUUAGCGAAUUAUCUGCAUUAUGAAGUUGCGCCUUAUCUGUCUAUCCGGUAAUCGAUUUGGGACCUACACUUCGCAUACGUGUGGAAUUUUUCUCCAUAUGAUCUUACUUUGGAAAGCAAUCAGAAAUGGAGGUCCUGUACGUUUCUAGUUUGAAUCUUAAUAUUUAUCAAAUAACUUUUGUAAUAUAAUUUAUUGUAAAUACAAAUGCAAGAAAUUGAUUUUAAACAUAAUGUACAAUUGAGAAAAUUCUGUCAAUCUUUCAAAAAAGAAAUUAAAUUCAAAAACUUUCGAUAUUUCCUUUGGACACAAACGUACGUAACGUCUUAGGAUGUAUAAUUUCUAUGUACACAUUUAAAUCUAUUUUCUUGAAAAAGAGUGAUUUUCUAAAUAUAUCUAUUGCUUAUUAUUGUGCAUUUAUUAAACAAAUUUUUUCACAGCUACGUUAUUCGCUGUGAUCCAAGAAAUUAAUCAUUGUUAAAACUAUUACAAAAAAUGUUGUGUACAAGAAAUAUUCGUAUUAUGAUUUGUCUUUAUCGUUCGAAGAUACCAUAAGUACAGUUGGAUAAUUUUGAAAGAAUUGCUCGAAUGUGGCUUUAACUUGGUGGCUGCAUUUCGUGACAAAUAGGAAUGAUAGUAAUUAGAAAAACCAGGGUACUAUGUAAAUUCCAUGUUGUUUUAAUUUAUUGCGUGCUUGGUAUGUGCUUGGUGCUAGUAAGUUUGUAUUCCAUAUAUGAUAUUUAGACUCUCCUGUUUUUCGCGUGAUCACACCUACUGGUAGUGUCGUCCAAACAUAUACAAAUAAAAAAUAACGAUUUUAAAUA